AUGUUGAAAUUUUUGGGAUCUUACAAUGAAAGAGUAAAAAAGAAUGUUUUAGAAAAUGCUCCAAAAAAUGCUAAGUAUACUUCAAAUGAUGUCCAAAAAGAAAUUCUACAUAUUCUUGCUAUUAAGGUGAGAAAUUCAAUUAGAGAAGAGAUUGGAGAUGCCAAAUAUUGUAUUAUUGUUGAUGAAGCUAGAGAUGAAUCUAAAAAGGAGCAAAUGACCAUUGUUUUGAGAUUUGUUACUCUAGAUGAUUUUGUUAAAGAGAGAUUCUUUGAUCUUGUGCAUGUCACUGAUACUUGUGCAACAACUUUAAAGAAAGAAUUAAUUUCUGUCCUUUCUCAUUAUAAUCUCCAAGUUAAAAAUAUUAGGGGUCAAGGGUAUGAUGGUGCAAGCAACAUGCGGGGUGAGUGGAAUGGUUUGCAAGCUUUGUUUCUUAAAGAUUCUCCACAAGCAUACUAUGUGCAUUGUUUUGCUCAUAGGUUACAAUUAGCAUUGGUAGCAGCUUCAAGAGAGGUAUUUCAAAUUCAUGAAUUUUUUACUCAAUUAAACUCUAUUGUCACUAUUGUUAGUGCUUCUUCAAAAAGACAUGAUCAAUUACAAGAAGCUCAAGCAAUUGAAAAUGCAAACUUGGUUGCUCAAAAUGAAUUAGAAACAGGAAAAGAGAUUAUGGGAAUUACUAAUGUUCUUUGCCAAGCACUGCAACAACAAUCUCAAGAUAUUCUUAAUGCAAUGCAUAUUGUUUCUACAUCAAAAUUACUUCUUCAACAAUUAAGAGAUGAUGGAUGGUGUAAUUUUCUUGCAAAUGUUAAAGAUUUUUGUGAAAAACAUGAAAUUGAAGUCCCUAAUAUGAGUGCACAAUAUGUUUUUGGAAUAGGUCGAUCUCGUCAACCAAGUGUGACAGUUGAGCAUCAUUAUCGAAUAGAUGUAUUAUUGGCAACAAUUGACUCUCAAAUACAAGAGUUGAAUAGUAGAUUUAAUGAGAAAACAAUAGAGCUUUUGACUUUGAGUUGUGCUUUGGAUCCUAAGGACAAUUUCAAAUCAUUUAAUAUUGAAGAAAUUAGCAAGUUAGCAGAGAAGUUUUAUCCCCUUGACUUUCCUUCUAAUGAGCUAAAUAUUUUGAAAUCUCAGUUACAACAUUAUCAGCAUGAUAUACCAAAUCAUUUGAAAGGCAUUGGUACACUUUUUGAAUUGUGCAACAAGUUGUAUGAAACGGGAAAAUCAAGAACUUAUCACAUAGUUGAUAAACUAAUACGUCUUGUUUUGACUCUACCAGUGUCUACAGCAACAACAGAAAUAACUUUUUCAGCAAUGAAAAUUAUUAAGACAAUACUCCGAAGUAAGAUGGCUGAUGAAUUUCUUGCAGACAAUUUGGUCAUCUAUAUAGAGAAAGAAUUAGCAGCUAUUUUCGACACAAAUUCAAUUAUAGAUGAUUUUGAAAAUAGAAAAAAACGUCGAAUAGCCUUUUCAUGA